CGAACGGAAAUGAACUGGAGGUUGCAUUUCACAGUCUCUGCAAGGAAAAAUGUGCUUCAGACUGCCAGUUUACAGAGAUUAAUUGGAUGGAGGUUUCUGGAUCUCUGGAUGUAUGCCCAGCAUCAGCAUUUUAGAAAUUCUUCCAAUCUGACAGCCUGCAAAAAUCUUCCCUUACUUCCAUUAAGAUCUGUCCUCUGCUUUCCUCAUGGAAAACAUUUGCUGCAGAAGACUUCAGAAAGUAGCUUAAAAAACACAACAGACUUGUCUGGAAUAAGAGUCCAGGGAGUAAGGUUCUUGUCCCUAUCCACAUUCUCAAGAGUAUUUUUUGGAAUUGGCCGAGGAGGAAAUAACGGUGGAAAUAAGAAGCUCAACCUAACAGAUGUGAUGGAAUACAUCCAGAAGAAAGAAUGCCAUAGGAUAGUAGUGAUGGCUGGAGCAGGACUCAGUACUCCAAGUGGGAUUCCAGAUUUCAGGUCUCCUGGGAGUGGGCUAUACAAUAACCUUCAGCAGUAUAAUAUUCCAUACCCUGAAGCCAUAUUUGAACUUAGCUACUUUUUCCAGAAUCCCAAGCCUUUCUUCAGGUUAGCUAAGGAAUUGUACCCUGGCAAUUACAGACCAAACUAUGCCCAUUAUUUUCUUCGACUUCUGUUUGACAAAGGGCUCCUUCUGCGCCUCUACACACAAAAUAUUGAUGGGCUGGAGAGAGUUGCUGGAAUUCCUCCAGAUAAACUAGUUGAAGCUCAUGGCACAUUUGCUUCUGCUACGUGUACUGUCUGUCGAAGAUCAUAUGCAGGAGAAGAUUUUAGGGGGGAUGUGAUGACUGACAAAAUUCCAAAAUGCCCCGUUUGCACUGGAGUGGUCAAGCCUGAUAUUAUAUUCUUUGGAGAAGACCUCCCUCAUCGGUUCUUUUUGCAUUUGACAGACUUUCCUAUGGCAGACCUGCUUUUUAUCAUUGGAACCUCCCUUGAGGUGGAGCCCUUUGCUAGUCUGGCAGGAGCUGUCCGUGGUUCUGUCCCCCGCGUCCUGAUCAAUCGAGACCUGGUGGGGCCAUUUGCAGUCCGGUCACAGCACAAUGAUGUAGCUGAACUGGGAGAUGUAAUCAGUGGAGUGGAAAAAGUGGUAGAACUGUUGGGCUGGAAAGAGGAGUUACAGGAACUAAUAAAAAAGGAAAGACAAAAGGUAUGA